GUAUCUAAGUCUGAGGCGAUUGGGAUGUACAAUUUAAACAAUAAUAACCGUUUCUCAGCUCUAGAAAACUAUGAGGGAAAUUUUCCACAGUUAGAAGCAAAAAGUACAGCAAGGAUCAACAAUGAUGAAACAGUAAAUAGAAAACUCACUACAUAUAAAUACAAUUAUGUAGUUAGAAAUCAUCAAACCCACACAACAGCUACACCUAACCAUUCCAAAAUCUUGCCGAAAGCUACAACCAAAACACAACCCGUCUAUGAAAUGCCGAAUUGGUCUAAGGUCACAGAGAUUGAAAAGCUUGUAAAUCUCCUUAUACAAAGGUACGACAUUGACGUUAAUGACCCCUUGGUUAACCUAAUUCGCAAUAUAGGCGCAGUACACAUUGAAGACAAAACUCCAAGUAACAAAGAUGACAAGUCCAAUAAAAAUAUUACAAUAUAACGUACAAAGCCUUAAAAGUAAUAAAAACUAUGUAGACUUCUUUAACACUAGUAAUAACAUUGAUAUAGUCUGCCUUCAGGAAAUUUUUUCGCAUGACAACCAUACAACUCAACACAAUUUAAUGAACUUCAACUUACUCAGAAAGACUAGAAUCGAUGGAUAUGGUGGCGUAGGAAUCGGAUUUAAAAAAGUACUUUUUCUUAACAAUCAUGAAAACGUUAUUAUAGCAGGAGACCUCAACGCUAGGCAUCAAGUGUGGGGAGACAGAAUAUGCAACACCAAAGGAAAAAUAGUUGUUGACGAAAUCAGGAACACCAAUCUCCAGUGCAUCAACAGUGGAGCAAUCACUCACCGCACCGGUAACAGUGCAGGAACGGCAAUUGACAUAACUCUGACCAACAUUAACAGCAGUUACACAAAAUGGCACUGUCAACAAGUCCAUUUGGGAGGCAGUAAGCAUUUCCCCAUCAUCGUUGAGGUCACUAAUAGCAGCAAAAAGCCCAACUAUUUCAUCCCCAAGGAACGACUCGCCCAGGAACUUGCUCAGUUAAAAUUCUCUGACUUAGAAAAUAUCACGACAGAAAUAGACAGCGUUAGGAACAGGAUUAAAAUUGACUUGAACACAUCCAGGCGUACCCCUAAAAACUGGUGGAGUGAUGACCUCAAAAAACUGUACAGAUUACAUGUCGCUAAACGCAAAAAAGCUAAUCAUACUAACAAUGUUGAAGACAUGGAAGGGCCAAUUAUAGCAACUAGUGACUGGAAAGAAGCGGUGUAGGCGGCAAA